AUGCGGCUCAACUGGCUGUACCGCCCGCUACCCCUAACCACACAGGUACUGCGUCUCAUUCCCGUCUUUCUCGCAUGUGUGAUUCUCCUCGCAGUUGCGCUGAUCAUCACGAAUGGUCGCAUGCCGGACCCGAAGAUUGUGCGUCCACUGCCGGAUAUUGGAUUUGAGAUCUUCCCAAAGGUUGGAUGGCUAGAGAAGCUCACAGAUGCCUGCAUUGCCCUCCUCAACGUACUAAGUGUGGUGAUUCUGUUUAAAUUAUAUCUAUUACACCGCAAAGACGCUGGUAUGGAGGAUCUGCAUUUGCCGUUCAAAGUGCCGUUUGUUAGUCGUUUUGUCUUCGGAGUGUGGAGUUCAGGGAUUGUGGACAAAAUGCCGUAUCGUGAUGUGCAUCUCAUUGCAUGUGUGCGAUUUCUCGCAUCAUAUUCCAUUAUGCUUAUCUUUCGCGCACUGGUGAUUAUCAUGACAUCAUACCCAGCAACAGAUAAUCACUGUCAGAAUCCUGUUCCUAUCACUAAUCCGCUUAAGAAUAUCUUUCUCACCGUCGUUACGCUAGGAUCUGGUUCUAUUCACUGUGGAGAUCUCAUGUUCAGUGGACACACCAUUAUUAUCACACUUAACCUUAUGAUACAGUGGACAUAUGGACCAUUGAUCCACUGGUUAUUCCGACCCGUAGCGUGUAUUAUUGUUCCCUUCAGCUUCUAUUGCAUUAUCGCAUCACGUUCACACUACACGGACGAUAUCCUCGUCGCUUUUUACGCAACCAUUACAACUUUUCUCGCUAUACCACACAGACCAAAAGGGGUUCCUUGGCAAAUGAAUAUUUUAAUUGGAUGGUGGCCUUGCUGUGGUGCGAACGCAUUACCGCAGGAUUUGGAUGAUCAGAGAAUUGUGAUCGUUACUGAAGAGCCUAUAUUAGAGGAGAGACAUGGUAAUGGAAAGGUAAGUACGGAUGUGAUAGGAGAAACACUUACUACACCAAUUAUGACAACAAGCGUGGAAAUAGAAGGAGAGAAGAGGGCCGAAAACAAAGAGGGCACUACCCCGCGUGAACAAUAA